AUGGCAAAGAACAACAGUAGACAAUGUAAUGAGGAGAUAAAACGAAAAUGUAUAAAGAGGUCGAAAGAAAAUGCAGAAGAGGCAAGAGUUAAAAUAGACAAGACAGAAGAGAAGAGAAGAGAAAAAAAAUAUGAAGUAGAAAAGCUAUAUAGGCAAGGGAAUUCAGCAAAAAACAUGGCUAGUGAAACAUCAGAGAUCAAUGAAGAAACAAAAACAUAUGUGGAAAACACCAUGGAUGAAGAGAAAUGGAGAAACAAUGAGAGAGCAACAGAAUCAAUGAAUGAGAGAAAACAAAGUUUCAUUGAGAGAAAAAAGUUGGAUAAGAUUAGGAGAGGCGAGGAAGAAAAUGAAACAAGAGAAUCAAGAACAAGUGAUAGAGGAGAUGAGGUAACGAGAGUAUACAAAAAAAUGGAUGGUACUAAAAAAGGUAGAAAUAAAGAAUACGAUGUAUCACAACAUAGGGAGGAGGUAAAAGUAGAAAGCAUGAUGGAGAGAGAGAAAUUAGAAGACAUAACGGAGUGUGUGAACUUCGAAAUGAACAAUGAGCUGGCCAAGCGAGGCAUCAAGUUCGUACAAGAGCUCGGUGAGCGUGACUUGCUCCUUAUCAGUUUGCAGGACUUGAGGGGUUGA